GCUGCGGUCCGUCGGUGAAAUAGUUCCGGGUGGGUGUGUGUGUGCGUGUGUGUGUAUGUGUGUGAAAGGUCGCGGCUGAAACCCACUGCUGAAAACACCUGUCUGUGUGUCAUUAGUCCGUCAUUGUGUUUCAGACACACACAUCAGUCGCUGUCUGGACCCGCACGAGCCGAUCAUGUCGAAGCCGCAGCCCAUCAGCCCGAUGAAGAACUUCUUCGCCGGCGGCUUCGGGGGAGUGUGCCUAGUGUUCGCUGGACACCCGCUGGACACCAUCAAAGUGCGACUGCAGACGCAGCCCAUACCCCGUCCAGGGGAAUCUGCGCUUUACAGCGGGACGUUCGACUGCUGCAAGAAAACCCUGGCGAAAGAGGGUCUGCGAGGGCUCUAUAAGGGCAUGGCGGCCCCCAUCAUCGGAGUCACGCCCAUGUUCGCUGUCUGCUUCUUCGGGUUCGGCCUCGGGAAGAAGCUUCAGCAGAAAACACCCGACGACGCUCUGACGUAUCCGCAGCUGUUUGCGGCCGGUAUGCUCUCGGGUGUGUUCACCACGGCCAUCAUGGCUCCAGGAGAGAGAAUCAAAUGCCUCCUGCAGAUCCAGGCGGCGACUGGAGAGGUGAAGUACUCGGGGCCGAUGGACUGUGUGAAGCAGCUGUACAGAGAGAACGGCCUCCGCAGCAUCUAUAAGGGAACGGCUCUGACGCUCAUGAGAGAUGUGCCGGCCAGUGGGAUGUACUUCAUGACCUACGAGUGGCUGAAGUAUUCGCUCACGCCGGAGGGCAAGAGGAUGAGUGUGGAUGUUCCCGCGGGAUUGACGGAUCUCCUGAAGGGAUACACCCUGGAGGUCCUGAAGCAGAGGCCCGUGGACCUGCUGGAGUUCGCGGUCCAGCACUUCACCCGCCUGAAGGAGCGCAGGAGCGUCCCCAUCCCCAGCAGAUCCCCCGUGACCCGCGGAGUGGCCUUCGACCAGGACUCUGCUCCCACCGACGAGGAGGACGACGAACACGGACAAGAGGAGGAGGAGGAGGAGGAGGAAGAGGAGGAUGACUUUCCGGAUGAUUUCACUUUCAAAGCUCCUCCUCCCAGUAAAUGCAACAGACGGGUCUCAGUGUGUGCGGAGGCUUAUAACCCUGAUGAAGACGAAGACGAGGCCGUGAAGCCGAAGGUGAUUCACUAUAAAACAGAGGCUCAGCGUCAGCGUCUGCAGGAGGCCUGCGGGGACAUACUACUGUUCAAAACACUGGAGCAGGAUCAGUUCACUGAGGUGUUAGACAGCAUGUUUGAGGUGCUGGUCAAACCACACGACAGCAUCAUCAAUCAGGGGGACGAUGGCGAUAACUUCUACGUCAUCGAGAGGGGUGUGUUUGAUAUCCUAAUCCAGAAGGACGGCGUCAGCUGCUGUGUGGGUCGCUACGAUAAUAAAGGCAGCUUCGGUGAACUCGCGCUCAUGUACAACACGCCGCGGGCCGCCACCAUCAGGGCUGCUCAGGAGGGGGCACUGUGGGCGCUGGACAGAGCCACGUUCCACAGACUCAUCGUGAGGAAUAAUGCCAAGAAGAGGAAGAUGUACGAGCACUUCAUCGAGAGCGUGCCGCUGCUCAAGUCUCUGCAGCCCUCCGAGCGCAUGAAGAUCGUCGACGUCCUGGGGAUGAAGAGCUUCAGAGACGGAGAGCUGAUCAUACGGCAGGGAGAUUCGGCCGACUGCUUCUACAUCGUGGAGACUGGAGAAGUCCGGAUCAUGAUCAGGAGCAGAACUAGCACAGGUCAGAGGUCAGAGCAGGAGCUGGAGGUGGCGCGCUGCACGCGGGGACAGUACUUCGGCGAGCUGGCGCUGGUCACCAAUAAACCGCGAGCGGCGUCAGUGUACGCGGCAGGAGACACCAGGUGUUUAGUGAUCGACGUGCAGGCGUUCGAGCGUCUCCUGGGCUCCUGCAAGCAGAUCCUGAAGAGGAACAUCUGGCAGUACGAGCAGCAGCUGGAGGCCGUCUUCGGGUCCCGAGUCGACGACACACACUGAACACACACUCAACACACACACACACUCUCCACGUGUAAACGCUUGUAUAGACUGGAUCAGCAGGACAGCGGAGCUCAUCUUCAGUGUCGUCUCGAGAUGAUGAUGAUGAUGUCACACUGAUCUGACAUGUAUUGAGCAACUGUUAUUCUGAUGAACCACUAUAUUAAGCAAUCUCUAGGACACAUGAUUAUAUACACUAGAUGUCCCAGAUAAACCCAGCAGGGUUUGUGGGUAAGAAUCGAUGGGCCCUCGAGUGUGUCGGGAGCAUGUUUGUGGAGUCCUAAAGUUAAAGUGUUUUAGAUAAUAUAUCAGAUUCCCGACAGACCCACAGAUGAUUAUUAGUCACGUCACCAACUCCAGCGUCAGCUGUUCAUAUCUGACACAUGUCUAGCUCUGAGACACAGGGGUGUGUGUGUGUGUGUGUGUGUGUGUGCCCUUAGAGAACAGAACUACUCAAUGACAGGCAGGAGUGGAUCAUUUGAUCUAAUCUGGAAACCCUCAAUAAUAUAUAUAUAUAGUGUCACAUGACUUGAUUUGAGAGUUGCUUUUCUGACUGAUUGACUUUGUCUCCCGUUCCCCUUUGUGUCUUGCCGUAAGAAGUGCUGUCAAAAACAUCCUGACUUUCUUUUCUGCAAAUGGACUUCCUGCUUAUCCGUUUUAUUUGCCCUUUUUCUGACGAAUAAAUGCUCAAAGA